CGCGCGCGGGCCGGGCGGAUGUUGAUGCCGGGAGGGAGCGAUGGCGGCGGCGCGGCCCGGCGGGGCCGGCGAGCGGCAGCGGCGGGUGCAGGCGCUGAGCGCGGCCCUGCGCGGCCGCCUGGGGCCCUACGAGCCGCUGCUGAGCGCCGUGCAGGCCGCGCUGGUCUGGGAGCGGCCGGGCCGCAGCGCGCUGUGCUGGGCGGCGGCGCACGGGCUGUUCUGGUUUUUUGCUCUGACUUCUCUUCGCUUGCUGUUCCUGGUUGCAUUUACCCUCAUUGUAGUAGUUUGUCUAGAUCAGUGGAAGCACAAAAUCUGGCCUGAAAUUGCAGUGUCAAGACCUGAUGAAUUAGACAAUGAGAGCUGGGGAUACGUUCACCCUCGACUGCUUGGAGUGCCAGAGCUCUGUCACCAUCUGGCUGAAGGAUGGGUGGCUGGGACCAGCUUCUUGAGUAACCUCUUCAUUUUCAAGAGGCAGAACCCUGGGAAGUUUUGCCUUCUAGUGUGUGGAGUCUUCACGUUCCUGGCUGUCCUGGGCCGGUACAUCCCCGGGCUCCUGCUCUCUUACUUGCUGUUGCUGUUCAUCCUGCUGUGGCCCCUGGCUGUGUACCACAGGCUGGGGCAGCGCAUGUACAUGAAGCUGGAGCCAGCUCUGCAGCGGCUGGAUUUCAGCGUUCGAGGCUACAUGAUAUCAAAGCAGCGGGAGAAACAACCGCGUCGCAGAUCCCUGAACCAGGAGGCGGCGGAUGAUGGGAGUGACAGUGAGGAGGAGCUUGCUGCCUUCUGUCCCAAGCUGGAUGACUCCAUGGUCGCCAAGGAACUCACCAUUUCUGACUCAGAGCAUUCAGAUGCUGAGGUUUCCUACACUGAAAAUGGGAUUUUUAACCUUUCACGGGGCCAGACCCCCCUGACAGAGGGGUCAGAAGACCUGGACGGUCACAGUGACCCAGAAGAGUCUUUUGCCAGAGAUCUCCCAGACUUCCCUUCCAUAAACCCGGAAGCAACGGGCAUGGAUGACGAAGAUGACACCAGCAUUGGGAUCCCGAGUCUGGCUUACCGCCCUCCAGGGAUGGAGGAUCUGCAUCUCCCCUACGACCAGGAGGGGCCCGUCACGCUGCCCUCCGUGCAGAACCUCACUGACAACAUCGCAGGGUUUGUCACCAGGGGGAUGAUCCAGCUGGCACUGUCUGGGGCCCCUCAGCCAGGCCCCUCCGACCGCCCCCAGAGAGCUGCAAAGACUUAUCUCAGAGCAGCCAGCUCGGACUUGGACACGGAUGCAGAAGGGGAUGACUUUGAACUGCUGGAUCAGUCCGAGCUGAACCAGCUGGAUCCCACGGGCUCACGGGGCCAAUAAGCAGCCCCACCACCUCCCUCUGGUUUUCUGUGGCACGUUGUGGAGGGGAAUCCUGGAAGGAAAAGCACAGGUACCUAGUUCGUCUCCUGUGUGGGUGUGAGUGACGUGACAGCCGGUCCUGGCUGGGAACACCACUGUGACCUGUGACUCUGUAGCCUCGCUUGGAUUUUAAAAUAAACUACACUGUAAUUCAUAGGGAA